AUGUUCCUAGGGAAGCUUGCUGCCAUUUCUGUUUGUGCUACUUUUUGCGUUGGGUUUGGAUCUAAUCGGCGACUCGAUGUACCUGUGAAACGAGUGUUACCCUCUGAGUGUCGCGUCGACAAGGAAUACUUUGAUCCAGUGGAAAUCAGGUGUGCUGCUUGUCCUGCCAAUUCCACAAAUGGGAACCAAGGCUGCCAUUGCCCUGUAGGAACCGUUCGUCUGCGAGGAAUCCAAGACAAAUGCGAAGAAUGCCCUUCUGCCAACUCGUCAUCCAUAUGUGCUCGCGAAAUCGAUAUCGCUGCUUGGACAUCUGUCACCGACUCGAUCCUCCGCCUGGCGAGUUUGCAAUGCAGAUUCGGAGCCAACUCGACAGCGUGUCAAAAAGUGGCGAAUUUCUGCGCGUUGGAAUUCGCGAAAACUGCAGUGAAUGGUCCGGCGUGUGGAGAGAUGAAGAAGUUGCGGAAUGCGCAGCAAUCCGGUGCCGGGAUUUUCGGAUUACCCGUGAUUUUCUACGGAGAAGAUCGGGGUGUGGAGAGAGUCUUGGCUUCGGACGCUGUGGAUCAUAGAUUCAGUCACUUUGGGAAGGCUGCGAAGGUGGUGCUUGUGGCUGCGAGUUUUACGAGUGAUGGGCGAUUUGAAGGGUUCUUCGCGUUUGAGGAUCUCCUGCGAAGCAUCUGUCCCGGACUGGGCGAGCAUUUCGUUUUCUAUGGCAUCACUUAUGAGUACGUUCACUCCAUUGGGUAUUCUACUGUGAAUUGUCAAGGCUUCAAGACGAAUGCUUCGUUGUUUCGGACAGAGAAGAGAUUCCUGGACAUCUACAUGAGCUUCGUAGAUCACGAGAACGACCCGAAGUUGUUGUCUGUACCAGUUCGUGUUCAUGACUACUCGGGGCGACUAGUUGGCGACAUCACGAGACUCGCUUUAGACUCUGAGAAUAAUUCCAUCACUCUGAUGAAAGUCAAGGUUUCGAGACGGAAAGGCAAUGACGGGAAAACCGGGUACCUUCAUCCGAUCGCACUCGAGCUAUUCUUCGCGAACAAGGGUCAAUUGAAAGCCGAAGUGGACUUCGUCACGGACUCUUCCGAUGCCUACCGAGACAUUGGGAUCGCGAUCGGAGUCAUGUCAGUCGUCGCCUUGUCUCUGGGCAUUGCGAGAACAUGGAUGUGGUUGCGAAGACGUGGCUCCGGGGUUGCCAACGGAGCAGAUGCUUGUUUUGGGGUUCAUCUCGUGGUUUACGCGGCGAGUGCGGUUGCCAAUGCCGGGUUCCUAGUGAUGGGCAGUGUGGCGAUUGCCUGGUUUGCAGUGUUUAGGCUGCAGGCUGAGCCGCUUGUGUUUCUGCCUGGGGAUGACGAGGACUUGUUUGUGGCGAUGUUUGUGUUGGUCUUUGUUGUGAAGGCGGUGGAUGUGGGGCUGUUGCUGUGGGACCAGGCGACUGCAGGGGUUUUCUUUCUGGACUGGGAGCGUCCUCUGGCUGGUGGAGUUUCCAGUCCUGGUAUGAAGGACGAUGCCUCAAACAAGGAAUCUAAAGAGCCAAUGGUGAGCAUUUGGAGGAGCUACGCCCUGGCAGAACGAUGGCUUGCCUUGCAAACUCAUCGCAGAGUUUCCCCGGCUGUGACAGUGUUUGGUGCUGUGGUGGCCCUGGAAACUUUCGGCUGGUCAAGAGCUGCUUCUACUGCAGCGGAUCCCCAAGAAUUCGAUCAUUUUGUGCCGGGAGCCAUCGUGAGGGAGUCGUAUGUUUCAAGAGUUGCUCUGGUCACGCUUGCUUUCGGGUUCUGUUGGACUAUUCAAUGGACGAUGUACAAGUUCCUGUACGAGCGGUACGUCAACAACCUGCUGAACCAGUUUGUGGACUUGUGCUCCCUGGCCAACGUGUCCCUCUUCGUGUUCCGCGGAGACAAUUUCGGCUACUACAUUCACGGCCGUGCCCCGGGUGGCCGAGCAGACGUGGACUUGCGCACGAUGCAUCUGUUGCUGGAGCUGGAGAAGCGAGACCAUUGCUCGAGUCGGGGCCUGUUGCCCAACUCGGACUCGCAAGUGUUUUCUUUCUCGGUCCCGUCCAAGUUGGCGUCGGUCGUGGGCAAAGUGAGGGUGGGUGCGAAGGCGACUAAUCCGAGGGCCAGCAGAGGAGGAGGAGAGACUGGGUUGUCGCCGGAAGUGGAGGCCGUGGCCCGGGAACACGCGGGCCUCACCAAGUUGUUCGCCGCGUUUUUGGAUCAUAACUUGAAGGAAUUGGAUUACAAGGUGGUGGACAGGAUGUUCCUCGAGAGCUUGCUCAAUGCGGAAUUUCAGGAGGCUGGAGCCGAUAAAGCGAUAUUUUUCAGGGAACAAUCACUCGGAUUCCAGGAAACGUUGUUCUAUGGCAGCGAAUUCACUCUCAGCACAUUCGAGCUUGCAACGCUCAUUUUUUUCGUCACGAUCGGUUGUGAUUACGUUUUUUCGGGGUUCCUGACGUUUUUAGUGGCACAGUGUUCAGCGUUUUUGCGGAAGAAGCUCGCUUGCGUGAAUAUCGGUACAAAAGCUUUGCUCGAUCCGAGGAUGAGUGAUUCAGAUAGUGAUGCUUUCCUCAGUGCGGAUGAGGGAGAUCCUGAUGAUGUUGCAAAAAAAGAAGUGCGUUCUCAAGCCGGAAAAAAUACUUGCAGAGAAGCCUUGUCUGAACCUUCGGAAGAACGACAAAUUGAUUUUCUUCAAGCACCUUCGAAGGAAGAAAGUCCCGCAGAAAUUUCAGCUGAAGAUGAUUCGCCUGCUGGUGAACCUGAGACAGUUUCCGUCCCGGAAGAAAUCGAAGAAACGUCUUGUGACUCAGUUUCCCGAAUAAAAAGUGAUAAUCCUGCUGAAGAGAAGCUUCAAAGUCCAGCAGUUUCUGUCUGCCGAGAUGACUUCGUUUCAAAAAAUGAAUCGUCAGGGAAAGAAGCGUGUGCAAAUGAUCGAGAAAACGCGAAAUCGUCUCGUGUCCCGCGGAUUUCGAAACUCGGCGCCAAAAAGAAGCCCGACGCGAAGCCGAAAUUAGCGCCGAGGAAAAUUGCCCAAGUUUCCAGGUCCUCUGCUCCUGAGGAAAUAAAGCUUAAACCGGGUUUGGAAAACCUCCAGCUUUCAGAAGAUGAAGCUGAUGAUGUUUCUGCUUCGGAACCGGUUGAUGAGCAAAAGUGGAUUUCAGAAGAGAAAGAUUCUUGGAAUCCUUCGCCGAAGGGUUUUCAGCAGGAGGCUAAUGGGAUUUCUGAAGAAAAGUCUGUCGAAGGCGAUGGUUGGGGUUCGUGGGCGUCUUGGGGCACGUCCGUCGUGUCCACAUUUACCAAUCAGGUAACUUCCGGGAUUUCAACGGUGAAAGACGUUGUUGAAGGGGGUUUGGGAAUCCCUGACCCAGAAGAGCUGGCUCGUGCCCACGUGGAAUUGGGAAAGCAAAAACCCAAAGAAGAUCCCGAACCCGUCGAAGAUGUUCAAUCCGAGAUUUCGGGAGAACCGAAGGUGCUUUCGUUGUUUGCCGGUGCUUUGUCCUCUACCGGAUCUCAUUUAUUAUCCGGUGGCCUAGGAACGUUGGAAUUCAUCGGGAAGAAAACCAUGGAAGUUCUGCAGGAAAAUGACCCGGGACUUCGCAGAAAACGCGACUUUCUGCAAGGGAAAGGCGAAACUUUGUCGGACAUACUCAAAGAAGCCCGGUGUGGUCAAGAGAAAACAACCGGAGGCACGACGUUGAACGACAUCUUCGAGGAAAUGGGCGGCAUCAUGCACUACGAAGCGUUGAUUAAUCUCAAAGACACGUUGAACUUCAAGGCUUUGACUGUUUCCGCGGGACAAGAUGCGAAAUUGAAGGCUGUUUUGGACAAGUAUUGCUUGAGGGAAGUUGACGGUGACGAGGAUGAGGAGAAGCCGAGUUUGAAGGAGCUGUUGGAGUCGAUGGAAAACUUUUUCGCCGUGUUGGAUUUGCGGAGUGUCAACGGCAAGAAAAUGUUUGAGGUUGCCGAUCAGCUAGAGAAUUUCGACGCAGACGUGUCAGAAGAUGAAAUCCGCUUCCGGUCGUCUAAGCGCCGAAUUUUGGCAACUCUGGCUGCGGCUCAUGUCGAAGUUUUGCACAGAGCAGCUGAAGCCCUGUUGGUGUUGGAUCCGUCGAGUCACAAGCGGACCCCCGGCGUCGUCUUGCCCCCGCUUUAUCAACUUUCCUUGUGCUUCAUUGGUCAAUACGAAGCCACGGCUUCAGUGUUGUGUGACAAGAUGAAGAGCUGUUGCGUGUUUGACGACUCCGUCGUCGUGGCCCUAGUGAAGGAAACUUACGGAGAAGCAAUGGAGCUGCAUAAUUGGGUCCGCGGUGCAUUCGAGCAUCUGAAAAGUGUGAUAGAAAUCCUGGCACUGGAAGGGAAACGGAUCAGGUGAAUUGAGCCAACCUGUGGAAAAUGGUGGUGAUUCAGCGACUAUGAAUGGAUGCGAAAAUAUAUAUUUUCCUCAGAUAA